CUUCUCCUCAGCUUCUUUCGGGGCGAGUACAUGGUGGAGGUGGCGAUCAACGACUACCUGGACAUCUACUGUCCACACUACGAGAUGGCGGAGUCCGACGAGCAGAUGGAGCACUACGUGUUGUACAUGGUGACCUACGACGGCUACACGACCUGCGACCACCACAGGAAGGGCUUCAAACGUUGGGAGUGCAACCGGCCGCAGAGCCCCAACGGACCACUCAAGUUCUCCGAGAAGUUCCAGCUGUUCACUCCCUUCAGCCUGGGCUUCGAGUUCAGGCCUGGACACUGAGUACUACACACUGAGUACUACACACUGACGUCUCCACAUCCAAACCUGGCUGGGAAACCGUGUCUGAAGCUGAAGAUCUACGUCAAACCAACCAAUGACUCGGUGUACGAGUCGCCAGCGCCUUUCCUGACAGACGACACCACCGGCGGCUGCGGCCUCGCUCUGCCCCGCCUCUCCCUGCUGUCCGCCAUGUUGCUCGCCCUCUUCCUCAUCCUCCUCUUCGCCUCCUCAUAGCACCCCCUCCUCUUCUCCUGUUCUUCUUCCGGUGGGGCCGAGCUCCGUCCUCCUCCCGUCGCUCUGAGGAGAAAACGACCGGCCAGAGGCAGAAAACAAAUCCAGCUUCCUCUCUCUGACCUCUGACCUUCACCUGAACGACACUCAGCCAAAUCAGAGGAGGUUGAGGUCGGCGGUGGGAGGAGCCUGCUGGUUGGAGGUUUGCUGGGACUCCAUUGACUCCCACGUUAGUCUGAUACAUAAAAUAAUCAUCUGCAUUAUUCAUAUUGAAAUAUUAAUAUAAAAUCCAUCUCAUGCAGAUUUUAAUUCUGCUGCCAAAAUAAUAAAAUUACAAAAACUACAAAUACAUUUUCUACAAAGCCUUUUUUUAAACUGGAAGAAAUAAACCAAACUUAAAGGACCAUUUCAGCAAUUUAACGUUUACGCUACAAAUCAGCAGAGACCCCAAAGUAACACGUUAUUAAUUAUUAUUAUUCCUGGUUCCUUCCACAAACAGCCAAUGAGAUUGCUCCAUUGCAUUUUGGAUUUUUGCAUAAAAUAAUUUCUGUGGUGAACAAAGCUUUAGGAUUAACAACCUUCACUUUAUGAUUUCUGAAGUGCAAUCGGACGAGCUAACGUAGCUUUAAAGAUAAAUGGAACGAGCUGACGUAGCUUUAAACAUUGGGAUGGGACAAGUUAGAAUAGUUUGAGAGCAUAAACACAACGAAGCUUUAAAGACGGACAAGUGAGCAGAUCAGUCUCUGUUUUAAUGUCACUACAACCUCUGUAGUCUCCUUUAGCCGCUUGUUAGCAACCACCUUUUGUAAGACACGUAGAAGCUUCAACAUUGACGGAUUUAUGUCAUAGAAGAAAACUGGAAAAUCUGGUAAGCUUGUGUGAACCACAGAUCGUAUUUCAGACAUCCAACCAAAAAACCCUUUGACUUUGUUAGCUAAAAUGCUAACUCGGUUCAGGGUUUUAGGACAACAAUAAAGAUAGAGUUAAUGUUGUCUGUGAUUAUACAACACAAGCACGUUUCAACAGUCUGCUUGUUGAGUUAAUUAAGUUAAUUGAGUUAAUUAACUCACUGGCUGCCUGUACUUUCAAUAUCUGGCUCAAUAUAUUGUCUUAUUCACAACAUUAAUCAUUUGAAUUAUCUAAAAUCUACAACAGGUUUUGAGACUUUAGGGGUUCAGAAAUAAACAUAAUUUAGAGUUAAGCAGCUAAAACUUACAAACUCACUGAUUUGGUCUUUUUGUGCGAGAUCAAUAAUUAAUAUCAAAUCAAUAAAAACUCAAUAAUCAAUCAUUUAAAUCAGGAAAUAUCUGAAAAGUAUCAGACCAAUCGAUCAGGUAAAGACAUCGAGCAAUUGUAACAUUUCCGCUCAAUCAAACAUCCUUCCAGGUUCUGAGUGAAGGGUUGAAUAUUGAUCCCUGUGGAGUCAGUGGAGUCCGGCUGCAGUCUGAACUCAUCGGGCUGAUUGUGAUCUGGACUCCAUCAGGAUCUGGUCUGAGAGAAGACCAGCAGAAACAGACUCUCUGUUUGUCCUGGAAACAUUCAUUUCACCUCCAGACCUCCUGAUGGUUACAGUCACAGAACUGAGAGAUCCAGGAUCCAUAUCUGAGCAGAUUGUCUUAUAUUUUUAUUACAUAUAUUAUUUUUGUGUAACUUUGACAAAAGCAACUUUAGGGUUAUUUUCAUUAUCAAUCAAUAUAUCCAUUGAUUAUAAACUAUUAAUCAUUUUGCCAACAGCUGUACAAAAUAAGUGAAGUGAGUCUUUUAAAAAGAGUAACUAAACUCUCGUACAGCUUCUUAAACUAAUUAAUUAUUAAUUAUUGAUUAUUAAUUAUUACAUUCUUAGUAGAAGUUCAGCUGUGAUUUGAAAACGACUCAAAUCAUAAUUUUAAAAUAAAACAGGAUGAAUUGUUGAUGGCUCAUUUCUGUGACUGUAAUCAUCAUCAUCAUCUGCAUCUUCAUCUUUAAUAUAAAAAUAAACUCUCUCUCUCUCUCUCAUUCGUUCCCUUUGUCUCUCGCCCACCUGAAACCCUCGUUUCUGUAAAUCUGCCAAAGACUAAACUUUUCUAUCAGUCAUACAGCAGCUACAGGUGAUCCUCUAGGCCCCGCCCACGUCUGCUACAAGAGGGCGGGGUUACGCGAAGGGGAGGAGUCACAACAUUUUUUUUCUAAAUUGUGUUUUGUUGUAAAAAUAAAACGAAUGUUAAUGCGCAAAACAAAAACAAUCAAAAAUGGCCUUUUUCCCUCUGGUGCUGAAUUUUAGAGACUGAUUGUUUUCUGGGGAAACAGUGACACCGUGUGGUCGAGAAGACAUUUUUUUUCUCUUCAUCUCUUCAUACCAUCCGUCCGUCGACACUGACGGACGGGGGCGCGUGUCCUUGUGUGUGGACGAGCAGGGGCAUGCUGGGAAAUGCAGUAUAAAAGGAAGGCACUGUGACGAUGUAGCACUUGGACUCUUUCAGAGAGCAACGGUUGUUUUUACAUUUGUGUUUAAAAAAUGAGAGAAAUUCAUAUAAGAUAUGAAGGAAUCAGUCAGAUGUUUGUUGUUGCUGUUGUUGUUGUUGUUGUUUUUCUCCUUUAUGUUCCUGCUUGCAACACAAUGCAUUCUGGUCCCUGUAGUCCAGUGCUUUCUGGUUCUGUUGAUGAGUUCGGUGGGUUCUUCAUCCUUUUUCUUCAUUGGUUUUCGUGUGGGUAGAAUCUGUUGUUCGUGGCGUAAGAAAAAAGCUAAAGGAAGAAAAAAGUUGUGGUUUUGUUGACGGGAGUGAGACCUCUCUCCGUCUCGCUGUCCCUGAGAGGAAAAUGUUUUUUACAUCCGUCUGCAUAUUCUCUCCUCUGAAAGACAAAACAAUCAGUUUUUGUAUAUUUUCUUAUUGGAUGCUUAUUAUAAAGUUAAAGAAUGCAUUUAUCUGAUUGGCUGAAGAGCUAACGAGGGGUCAGAGGUCGUCGGGCCUCUUCAGGACAUUUCUUUCUGCGCUGCAUGAGCAGAAAAAAUAAAAAUACAUUUAUUGGAUUUACUUUGAAGACAAACUGAGAGAAAAUGUUACAAACUGUUUAAAUCUGUGUUUGAUAAAUUCACCAAUAAAAAAUGUUCCACUAAAAA